AUGGCGAAGCACGGAAGGCGCCCUGUAAACAAGUAUGCAUUUGCCACCGCCGUGCUCUCGACUGCGACGCCCAUCUUCUUGGGCUACGACCUGGCCAUGGUGAGCAGCACGGCCGUGCUCGCGGACGCCGACCUGAGGCUCCUGGCGUGCGUCGUGGUGCUCUCCUCCCUCGUGGGCGCGCUUACCGCCAUGGUGGCGCAGUGCCUCAUCGGUGACCGCCGCACUGUCCUCCUGUCGGCCGUGGUGCUCUGCGUCGGCGCGCUCACCAGGGGGCUCGCCGCUGGCCCCGCGGCGUUCACGGUCGGUGUCUUCAUCAACGGCAUCGGCAUGGGCCAGGCGCUCAUGAUCGUCCCGGCGUACGUCGCCGAGCUCUGCCCCUCCUCGCUGCGCGGCGCCCUCACCUCCCACCCGGACGGCUUCGUGUACCUCGGCUGCAUCCUCGGUUCCCUCUGCUACUCCACGGGCUUCGUGAAGCUCCCGGCGCACCUCGCCUGGUGGCUGACCAUGGUCUCCGGAACGGCCGUUCCGGCCUCGCUCAGCUUCGCCGCCCUUCUCAUGCCGGAGUCGCCCCGGUGGCUCGUGGCCAGGGACCAGAUGACCAAGGCCCGGCGCGUGCUCUCCAGGACGUCCGCGACGCAGGAGGAGGCAGAGCUCCGUUGGCUUGAGAUAAAAGCCGAGCACGGCACAGCACCGCGCGAUGGCAUCGAAGAGACGGUGGCGACGUCGGUGAGACGUAACCGGUGGAAGAAGGAGUGCGCGAUAUGGCGGGAGCUGCUGGCGAGGCCGACGGAGCCUCUCCCCCGCGCGGUCGUCAGCGCGCUGGUCGCCAAGGUCUUCGCGUCCGGCAUGGGGCGCAUGUCCCAGUACGUGCAGCGCGGCUUCCUCGACGUCGGCGUCUCGUCGGCCCGGCAGAUGCCGAGGGCGCUGCUGGCGUUCGGGAUCGCCGUGGUGAUGUCCUUCUCCGUGUCGCUGGUCCUGGUGGAGCUCGGCUUGCUGCUGGCGACGGCACUCGCAGGUAGCCGCGCGCCGUCCCACCUCCUGCCUCACCGCUGCGGCGGCCACGUCGGCAUGACCCGGCGGCAGGAGCAGCUGAAGCGGUCGAGGGGGCUGUCCGCGACCAUGCUGCUGUCGCUGAUAGCGCUGGUGUGGAUCGCGCCCGGGCCGGCGCAGUGGGCGGACGCGUCGUCGCCGUCAUCGUCCGGCAGCAGCCGGUGGCUGUGGGCGGCGGCGGCCAUGGUGAACAGGGCGUCGGUCUUGUGGAGCUUCGCGAGGGCGUACGGUGCCAGCUCCCUCCCCGUGCACGGGAGCUUGCUCGUUUGCCCCGCGGUCGGCGUGCUCGUGUGGUUCUUCUUUUGUGCGUGCCUUCUUGGCGCGAGGAGGAGGCGAGCCAGCUUCAUUCACGUACGGUCUUUCCCAAUAAGCACGUCCGCUGCUAGUCUAGCGAGCCUGGUCCACGGCUGA